GUCGGACGUUCAUCUUUAUGCGCAUACAAACAAUUCUCUGUGUCAACUUUCCGAACAAAUAAAAGAAAACAUGCUCUCUCUAUAAAUAUCUCGCUGGAACAACUCGAUCCGAUCUUCCUCUUCCUUGAAAGUUCAAAUCGUCGUUUUUCUCUUUCUUCUAUAUAUAUAUAUAUAUAUAUAUAUCUACAGUUACACAUAUGGAGAGAGAAAAUCGAGAGAACUCGAGUCCCCUGCUCAUGAGAGUAAAGCCUGAUAUUGUCAGUGAUGGCGAUUUUGAGAGGCAGAGUGGUUCUUCCUCGUCAUCGUCUUCAUCUGCCACAGCUGUGGUUGUACUCAGCACUUUGGUCGCCGUUUCUGGGUCUUACGUUUUUGGAUCUGCUGUCGGAUAUUCGUCACCUGCUCAGACUGGAAUAAUGGGUGAUCUAGGCCUCUCUUUAGCAGAAUAUUCUGUUUUUGGUUCAACGUUGACAAUUGGAGCUAUGCUGGGUGCAGUAAUGAGUGGGAAAUUAGCCGAUCUCAUUGGCCGGAGAGGUACAAUGGGGUUUUCAGAAAUAUUCUGCAUCAUGGGGUGGCUUGCAAUGGCAUUCUCGAAGGGUGCUUUGUGGCUUGACCUUGGAAGACUAUCAGUGGGAUAUGGAAUUGGGCUUCUAUCCUAUGUGGUACCUGUAUAUAUAGCAGAAAUAACACCAAAGGAUCUUCGAGGAGCUUUUACAGCGGUUAACCAGUUGAUGGUAUGUUGUGGCGUAUCAGUAAUGUAUCUCAUUGGAACCGUCAUCAGCUGGCGCAUCUUGGCUCUAAUUGGAACUAUUCCAUGUCUGCUACAGCUUGUGGGCCUAUUCUUCAUUCCGGAAUCUCCCAGAUGGCUGGCAAAGAUUAGUCGGGGUUUAGAUUGUGAAGCUGCUCUGCAACGCCUUAGGGGAGAUAAUGCCAAUAUUUCUGAAGAGGCUGCGGAAAUUAGAGAUUACACAGAAUCCCUUCGGCUCUCGGAUGCUAGAGUGCUUGACUUGUUCCAGCGGAAAUAUGCUCACUCACUCAUUGUUGGAGUUGGGCUAAUGGUAUUGCAGCAGUUUGGAGGGGUCAAUGCGAUUGCAUAUUAUGCAAGUGCAAUUUUCAUAUCGGCUGGUUUUUCAAGUAGCUUCGGGACUAUUGCAAUGGUUAUUGUUCAGGUUCCAGCGACCCUGUUGGGUACACUCUUGAUGGAUAAAUCUGGAAGACGACCACUACUGAUGAUAUCUGCAGCAGGAACAUGCUUGGGUUGCUUUCUUUUAGGAUUGUCAUACUUAUUGCAGGAUCUUCAAAUCUGGAAGGGAUUCGCCCCCAUUAUUGCUCUUGUUGGCAUGCUGGUAUUUACAGGAUCGUUCUCGCUUGGAAUGGGAGGGAUUCCAUGGGUUAUAAUGUCAGAGAUAUUUCCUAUAAACGUGAAAGGCUUGGCUGGAAGCUUGGUGACGGUAAUCAACUGGCUUGGCUCUUGGAUUGUUUCGUAUGCUUUUAACUUCUUACUGAAUUGGAGCUCGGAAGGAACAUUUUUCAUAUUCUCAAGCAUAUGUGGCUUGACUGUUCUGUUCGUUGCAAAACUGGUACCAGAGACCAAAGGACGGACACUUGAAGAAAUACAAGCAUCAAUGAAUCAUUUUCAACAGGAAAAAUAGACUCGAAAUGCUUGUAAAACAGUAACUGCACGCGUUAUGAUGCAUCUUCAUGGCUGCCCAGGUAAUUGUAGUUUAAAGAUUGUUCGCGCAGCUCAUUUGAUUAAACAUUUUGUAAUACAAAUGGACAGCUUUUUACACAGUAUCUUGCCAAAAAAGUUUAUGACAUUUGUGUCAACUUAGUAUGCAAUGUGUUGAAAUACAAAAUGGAUUUUGCAUUUUAGGCAAAUUCUGAAAUGGGGUGAUUUCAUUUCAACUUAUAUUUGUCAGUGUCAAGUGAUUCUUGCUGUUGCAGUUAUGCAAUUUUCUUGUGUCUAA